AUGGAUGCUAUGUGGUUGAGGCGCUGGAAAAUGCCUUCGGUGUGUGAUCCUGGCAUCAAAUGCAAAUGCGAUUGUAAUUUCCCCAAUUCUACUUGCCACAUCACCCAACUAUCGGUUUUGCGUUCAUGUUUUCUCCGUGUAUAUAGUUGGAUUUAUGACACAGGACCAUUUGGUCUUUCUUCCCACCUAAUCUUCUUGCUAAAGCCCUUCAGUUGCUUUCUGAUGCCACUUCCACUCCUGAAGACCCUGGUAUCAGCUGGAGCCAUAUAGGGGAGUGUGCACCAAAUGACAAUGACUGUCUAAUAAAUAUGAUGGAUCGAUUUGUAGUUGCAUGCGGUCUGUUCCAACAUCGGAACAUUCGUAUCCAGAUGAUGAAGAUGUACUCCAAGAGGAAAACACUGUUAAGCAGCAACAUAGAUGCUUCAUUUUCCCUCCACGAACCCUAAUCGGCAUCUCAGUCGCAAGAGUUGAUCCAUGUUGCUCAAUCGAGUAAUUUAUAUUCAAAUUCUGAGUUUAAUUUGUUAAUGGGAACUGUACAUAUAUUAUUGUUUCUUUUUAGCUUCCUUCUCAUGUGAAAAAGUGAAGAUUCUCAUAUGAAGCUUAUUGAUUUUGGGUUUUCUGAUAAUGGUAUCGUAGGAAGUGCAUAUUAUGUUCCACCAAAAGUGCUUCAUAUUCUGAGAAUUUCUUAUCCAUCUGUACAUUUCAGUCUCCUUUGCUAUUUACAAUCAUGUCAGAUAAAGCAUGUCUAAAAUUGUGUUGAGUUUAAUUUUAGGUUCAUGAAUUCUUUACAAUUACCAGUUGAAUCUUAUUUUGAUCCAAAGCAGUGAUGAUGUAAGGGAAUUACAAAUGAUCUAAUUUUUGUGGCCUUGAUUAAACAGAAGUAAAAGAUGAUGAGUAGGAGAGAGAUGAUUGCUUCUGCAGGCUUCUCCUAGCAAAAAGAAGAUUGUAGGUGUUUUCUACAAGGCACAUGAGUAUGCUGAGAUGAACCCCAAUUUCUUGGGUUGUGCAGAAAAUGCAUUAGGCAUUCGCAACUGGUUGGAAUGACAUGGCCAUGAGUACUUAGUCACUGAUGACAAAGAAGGACCAGAUUGUGAACUUGAAAAACACAUCCAAUUUCAAGAUUAUUAGGUUGUGUUGAAGUUGUUGGAUUUGUUACAUCUGACGAACUUGCAUCAUGGGAAGAUAUUCCUCAAGGGGUAAACAUCUGAAAC